GUAAAUUGUUGUGUACGGGAUUAAAAGGAAGGCCAUGUUGGAUUUAGAGGGUCAUCUGAUGUUUUGACCAAACCCCAGUGAUGGACCCCCUGGACAGAGCUCAAGUUCUCCUCCUCUGUGACGUGUGUCAAAGAGCUGCAUUACAGAGUCAUUGUGAACUUUGUCAGAUUAAUCUGUGUAAGGCUUGUGUAGGGAAGCAUCUCUUGGAUUCAUCUAAAAGACACAAAGUUGUACCAUACAAACACAGAAAAUCUGCUCCCAACAUUAACUACCCAAAAUGUCCAAACCACACCCAGAAACAUUGUGAGCUUUACUGUGAGAAAUGUGACUUUCCUGUCUGUUCUACCUGCAUCUCCUCUGGGAAACAUAAAGGACAUGAUUUAUCUGAUGUCUUAAAUAAUUCCAGCUUCAUUCAAGAAAUUUUAAACAACGAUUUGAAAGAAUUGAGAAAAAUAAUACUUCCUACAUAUGAAAAAAUUACAUCAGAUUUAAACUCUGAAAAAAUCAAUUUGGAAAAAAAUUAUGGAAAACUGACGACGGCAGUCACCAAACAAGGAGAAGACUGGCACAGAGAAAUUCACAUCAUUGUCAACAAACAGAAAUCUAUAAUUGACGAGAUGAAAUCUAAACACCUGGCUGCUCUUAAUAAACAGGAAAAUGAAAUCAAACAGACCACUUCUGAUGUUAAACAGUGCAUCUUUGAUCUAAAGAAAAUACUGGACUCCAAUGAUGUCUCCCUUAGCUCUGCAUACAAAUCCAGGAAUGCUGAAUUCAGAAGUUUACCUCCUAAAGUCAAUGUUUCAUUACCAAGUUUCUCUCCUCAUCAGAUCAACACAGAACAGCUCCAUCAAAUGUUUGGUUCUCUGUCAGCAUUAUCCAUUACAACAGAAGAACAUGGCUAUACAAUGAAGACAUCAGAAGCUGUAUCCUGUCCUCCAGUCAAACCACUGCUUGAUGAACCAGAGCUCAUCACCACCAUAGACACUGGGUAUGUACAUAUAUACAGUGUUAGCUGUCUCAGUGAUGAAAAAAUCUGGACACGUGGAGAUGACAAAAUCAUGAAACUCUACAACCUCCAGGGUAAACUACUGAAGUCAAUUCGAACCAAAUCUGGGUACACACCACUUGAUAUAGCAGUGACAAGGAGUGGAGAUCUAGUUUAUACUGACCCUAGUACAAGAACUGUGAACAUGGUGAAGAAUGACCAGAUACAAGAAGUAAUCAGACUACAGGGGUGGAGACCUUACAGUGUCUGUAGUACCUCCUCUGGUGACCUCCUGGUUAUCAUGGACAGUGAUGAUAGACAAUCAAAAGUUGUCCGCUACUCUGGCUCAACAGAGAAACAAACCAUUCAGUUUGAUAGUGAAGGUAAACCUCUGUAUUCAUCUGGUUUCUUUACUAAAUACAUUAGUGAGAACAAGAACCUGGAUAUCUGUAUGGCUGACAAUGAAGCGUGUGCAGUAGUGGUGGUUAAUCAGGCAGGAAAACUACGAUUUAAAUACACUCGUCAUCCCUCUGCUACCAAGAGAUCAUUUAAUCCAUACGGCAUCACAACAGACAGCCAGAGUCAGAUCCUGACAGCAGACAUUAACAACCACUGUAUACACAUCCUAGAUCAGGACGGACACUUCCUCUGUUACGUUGAUAACUGUGAUCUACUGGGUCCAGUGGAAUUAUGUGUAGACACCAGAGACAACCUCUUUGUGACCGAGUAUAACACUCAACACAAUGUUGUACCAUACAAACACAGAAAAUCCACUUCUACCUGCAUCUCCUCGGGUAAACAUCAUGGUCAUGAAUUAAAAGAUAUCUUGCAGGAACCGAGCUUUAUUAAAGAAAUUUUUAAGACAGAUCUGAAAGAACUAGAAAAAAGAAUAUCAUCAGAUUUAUACUCUGAAAAAGUAAAGUUGGAAAAGCAUUACGAGAAACUGACGACAUCUGUCAUCAAACAAGGAGAAGAAUGGCACAGAGAAAUUAACAUCAUUGUCAACAAACAGAAAUCUGAAAUUGAUGAGAUGAAAACUAAACAUCUGGCUGCUUUAAAUAAAGAGGAAAAUGAAAUCAAACAGAUUACUUCUGAAGUAACACACAGCAUAGUUGAUCUGAAGAAAUUACUGGACUCCAAUGAUAUAUCCAUAGCAUCUACAUACAUAUCCAAGAAUGCUGAAUUUAGAAGAUUACUUCCUAGAUUAAAAGUCUUAGUACCAAGUUUUUCCUCUCAUCCUAUAAACAGAGAACAGGUCUAUCAAAUGUUUGGUUCUCUGUCAGCAUUAUCCAUUAUACAUGUAACAGAUGAACAUGGCUACACAAUGAAGACACCAGAAGCUGUAUCCUGUACUCCACUUGAUCCCCGUGGUAAUUGGUCUCAAGUACUCCUCCUCUGUGACCUGUGUCAAAGAGCUGCAUUACAGAGUCAUUGUGAACUUUGUCAGAUUAACCUAUGUAAGGCCUGUGUAGGGGAACAUCUCUCUGAUUCAUCUAAAAGACACAAAGUUGUACCAUACAAACACAGAACUUCUUCUCCUAACGUGAACUACCCAAAAUGUCCAAACCACACCCAGAAACAUUGUGAACUUUACUGUGAGAAAUGUGACAUUUCCGUCUGUUCAACCUGCAUCUCCUCGGAUAAACACCAUGGGCAUAAAUUAUCAGAUAUCUUACAGAAUCCCACAUUCAUCAAAGAAAUUUUAAACAAGGAUUUGAAAGAACUAGAACAAAGAAUAGUUCCAACAUAUGAAGAAAUUACAUCAGAUUUAAACUCUGAAAAAAUCAACUUGGAAAAAAAUUAUGAGAAACUGACAACAGCUGUAACCAAACAAGGAGAAGACUGGCACAGAGAAAUUAACAUCAUUGUCAACAAACGAAAAUCUGAAAUUGAUGAGAUGAAAAAUAAACACUUGGCUGCUCUUAAUAAACAGGAAAAUGAAAUCAAACAGACCACGUCUGAUGUUAAACAGAGCAUACUUGAUCUGAAGAAAAUACUGGACUCCAAUGAUGUCUCCCUAACCUCUGCCUACAAUUCAAGGAAUGCUGAAUUCAGACGUUUACCUCCUAAAAUCAACGUUUCAUUACCAAGUUUCUCUCCUCAUCAGAUCAAUACAGAACAACUCCAUCAAAUGUUUGGUUCUCUGUCAGCAUUAUCCAUUACAACAGAAGAACAUGGCUACACAAUGAAGACACCAGAAGCUGUAUCCUGUCCUCCAGUCAAACCACUGCUACAUGAACCAGAGCUCAUCACCACUAUAGACACUGGGUAUAACGCACUAUACAGUGUUACCUGUCUCAGUGAUGAAGAAAUCUGGACAGGUAGAGAUGACGAAAUCAUGAAACUCUACAACCUCCAGGGUAAACUACUGAAAUCAAUCCAAACUAAGUCAGGGAACUAUCCACGUGAUAUAGCAGUGACAAGGAGUGGAGAUCUAGUUUAUACUGACCCUGAUACAGGAACUAUAAACAUAGUGAAGAAUGACCAGAUACAGGAAGUGAUCAGACUACAGGGGUGGAGACCCUACAAUGUCUGUAGUACCUCCUCUGGUGACCUACUUGUUACCAUGAACAGUGCCGAUGAUAAACAAUCAAAAGUAGUCCGUUACUCUGGCUCCACAGAGAAACAAACCAUUCAGUUUGAUAGUGAAGGUAAACCUUUGUAUUCAUCUGGUGACCUUAAAUACAUCAGUGAGAACAGGAACCUGGAUAUCUGUGUAGCUGACUAUGGAGCCAAUGCAGUAGUGGUGGUUAAUCAGGCAGGAAAACUCCGAUUUAGAUACACUGGUCAUCCCUCUACUAACAAGGGAUUAUUUGCUCCAGUCAGCAUCACAACAGACAGCCAGAGUCAGAUCCUGACAGCAGACUAUUACAACCGCUGUAUCCACAUCCUAUAUCAGGAUGGACAGUUCCUUCGUUACAUUGAUAACUGUUAUCUACAAUUUCCAUAUGGUAUAUGUGUAGACACCAGAGACAACCUCUUUGUGGCUGAGUUAAACAGUAGUGAAGUGAAGAAAAUCAAAUACAUGUAAUCAAUGUGUUUUAAAUUAAUGACAUGUUUGUGAUAGAAUUUUUUCCAGUAGCCAACUUAAUCACAAGAUGUAGUUUAAUUCAUUUCUAGUAUUGAUGUGUAUUGUGUGUGAAAAUAUUAUCAAUAUUAUCAAUAAGGUAUAAUAUAUAAAUAAAAAAUUAAAUUAUUAAUAACAAUCGUUUCAGAAUUCUACCCAAGAUUUAAAUGACUUCUCAAAAAUAUAACAUUACAUUGGAAGAAAAAAAAUUCAAUAUUUCAAAAUGACCAAAUGAAUACCAUGUAUAUUUGCAAGCAUGAAGAAAGAAGUAAUAUGAUGUACAUUUUUUUCAAAUUGAUCCUGUUUCCUGCACUGCACACUGAAGGGUUGUGAUUAUACUGUACUUUUGAUGUAGCUAGAAUAAAAUGCCCUUAGAUUUAAAAUAA